AGAUCUGAAACAUGUUAAGAAGAGUGUGUGUGGAGUGGAAAACAUAGAUCAUCCAGAUGAGAGACAUGGAGUUAAAAGUGUGGGUAGAUGGAGUGCAACGCAUAGUCUGUGGGGUCACUGAGGUCACCACAUGUCAAGAGGUUGUGAUCGCCCUGGCUCAGGCUAUAGGGCGCACAGGGAGGUACACCCUUAUAGAGAAAUGGCAUGAGACAGAAAGACAUUUGGCCCCCCAUGAGAACCCCGUGGUGUCUUUGAAUAAGUGGGGUCAGUAUGCCAGUGAUGUCCAAUUAGUGCUACAGUGCACCAGUCCCUCACUAAGUGAGCGCCCCACCUCAAGGUCCUCCAUGCUGGGGCCUACAUACUACCCAUACCACCAGAGUCUCACUCCGCUAGCCAAGAUCUGCCCUAUAACCACAGAUAGUAUUAAACGAUGUGAACCCAGGUGCAAGUCACUGCCUUUCAGCAGCAGUGUCAAGGGCUUACGGGACAUCUUUAGUAAGAGCCGGGAGCCAGGAAGAGGCUGCAGUGCUACUCCAGGCCCGGUGGUGCAGGAAUUGGGACGGCUGGUGCCGCUCCAAAAAAAGAAGCUUAACUCUCUGGAGCGGAAGCUGCAAAGCUGUGAGCAGGAAACCCAGUGCAAUCUUCUGACUGAGAAGGAAGAGGAGGAGUUGCUGUGGCUAGAGCAACAGGUGCAAGAGAUGGAAACAGAGGUGCAAGAGCAGGAGUUUUGGGAAAAUGAGCUGCAACUUGAGCAGGAAAAUGAGCGGAAACUGCGUGAACAAUUACAGCAGCUAAUAAUUCGGUUUCAGGAGUGUAAGGCAGAGCUGUCUGUGUACAUGGCUCAGAUACAAUGCAUGGAGACAUGUCUACAGGCUGAGCAGCUUCAACGAGAGCUUUUGCAGAUGAGGAAGGCAAAUAAGGAGGAUCUCUGGGUGCAGAUGGAAAACAUAGACACUGAACUGAAAAUGCAGGUGCAUCAGGCUGCCAGGCUGGAAAGCAGCUGCAGAGCAGUAAAUAUUUCUCUGGGACAGUUCAACCUUCAGCUUCAGAAAAAAGAGCAGGAGCUGGACCAGUUAACUAAGGAACUGAGACAUGUAAACCUUCAGCAGUUUAUCCAACAAACUGGCACCAAAGUUACUGUGCUACCUGCAGAACUCAUGAAAGCAAAGAGUAGCAGAGAGUCAGAGCAAUCCAGUUCUUUGCAGCCUCUGGAAUCAGUUCUUCCACUUUCCACCGAUCUGCAAUCCCUACAAAGCCCUCUGACCUCCAGCUUCAACCCAGAUGGAAUUUAUGUUUGAUCAUACCUGAGCCAGUGCACAUCUGUAAAUGAUCUGACCAUAAACUGCAUUUUAAACUCAGUCCACUCAGUUUCUUUACAGUGAAAGCUGUGAAAUGUUCUUGUUUAGCUGAUAGCUUGUUUAGCUAAACAAUCUACUAAUUUCUUUAGUUCCGUCAGAAGUGUGUCUGUGCAGCCAUUUUCUGUAUUUCAAAUCGCAGGUAUUAU